AUGGCGGAGGCGAUCGGAGCUGCGAGUUCUCUGUCGUUGGGAGAGCGGAUGGUCCGCAUGCAGGGCUACCAGGGACUGAGGUCGGUCGGAUUUGCCGCCAUGCCGAGGCCUGUCCGUGCGUUGCCCUCGCCGUGCUCCAGCAGCUCGUCCGUCGUCACCGCUGUGUCCACUGUGAGUGUCUUCUCGUUUUUUGUGUUGGAUUCGUUGGUUGUUCUUGCUCCGCUAAUGAUGGCUGGUGAUAAUCUGUGGACAAGAUGAGUAUUGACGCCUAGACUUUUGGUAAUGAGAGGUUUAGUAAUCCGAUGUAUGGUAUUCUAGAAUGGGAGAUGGCGGAUUUUGACAGAAAUACUAAGAGUAGACCAAAACAUUAUCCGAGUAGUUGCUCUCAAUACGACUACAUACAAGUCUACUCUUAAUAGAAAAAUUAGAAUGAUGAAAACUCUUAGAUCUCGCUAGCGAUGUUGAAUUCAUGGUAAUAUCCACUUUUUAUUACUCAGAGGCCAUUACUUUUGUCCGCAUUUUUUAUUUUCUUGAUUGCAUUUUCGUUUCUUUCUCAGUUCCCCUCUUCUUUAUACUAUCUGUUCUACAUCUGUCAUGAAAAUUUUAUUUUCCAUUUCCUUUGAUCUUAAAAUCAUUUACAAAAUAUGUCUCAAAAUUUUCUAUUAUUUUUAUCUUCACUCUACUCGUUGAUUUCUCAAUUGGAAACCAAAUCUGAAGUUAUUUUAUGGAUUUUUGGUGCUCAAAACGUUUUAUUAAAAUCCAUCCGAUCAUCAAUGGAUGCCUAACCACUGUUUUAAAAUUUAUUUCAAAUACCUGCUUUGAAGUACGAUACCGAAAAUAGUGCAUCUAGGAAUCAUAAUAACAUCUUCAUGGUGUCUGUCGUUGCUCGGGUGGAGAGAAAGGAAUGAGAUCAAUGGAUAAGAUUAUGCAAGUGUUUCAGUUUGCUUUUCUUCUAAUUUGAUGUUCAUGUGUAUAUUUAUGUGUAUCUAAUUAUAUUUUCCGAGUGUUUAUUGGAUUUUGCUUCAUUCCCUUGCCUGAUAAUUAUCCUAGAUAUAUAGCAUACCGCUAUAUCAAAUUUCACUCUUUUUUUUUUUCUUUUAUCUUUGACAUUUCCAUGAGUUAGAGGAAUCUUUGAUACCUGCCCUCUAGUUUUACGAGGUAAAAUAACAAAAAUGGAACUCAUAUUGCUUGCAGAGUAUUAAUGACAGGAAGUGUGGGUGGUCGUAAAACUUUGUGAAAUCUCUGGAUUCAUGACUGGAUAUGGCUGAGGGGAAUUUAUGGCACAAUGCAAUGAUUCUGUUAAUUUUCCAAUUUUCAGGUUGGGAUUAGCCAACUACGGUCACUACCAAUUUAUUGAGGAAUGAACGGAAAUGUUAAUAGAGGGUAGAAGGGAAGGAACAGGUGGAAAGAGAUUGUGCAUAGAAAAAGAGAGGGGAUUGGAGGGUGGAUACAAGAGAACGAAAGUUAAAACAGAGGGGGGUAAGCAGCGGAUAGAUAUGCUGUUCACUACCAAAAUACUGUGAUGUCUGGUGAUGUACUCUGUUCUCUUCUUUCUUUAGAAGUUCAUGUCCCAAGCGAGCUAUGAGGAAGUGGUCACCAUGGAUGACAAACGCCAUACAAAAUAAAAAAAUAAACCCUUGUGUUUAACAUUAACUAGAUCCCAAUCUCUACUCCAUUUUACUGGCAUCUAUGUGAUAAAAUGGAAAAUGAGAAAAUAUGCCAAAAAUAACUGCAAGGAAAGGGAAUCCAUAAAAGAGGCAACAAACCUAUGAACCUGAAAAUAUGAAGGAUAGAAAAUGCUCAGUAGCCUAAAAGACAACUUCGCAUUCUCUUUUAAUUUUUGAACAUCAGGGCCAUCUGUCUUUCUGACAGAUGUCUUGGCCUGGUUACCACGAUUCUUUGCCAAGACAUCUGUUACUCUGUUUCCUUUCUUCCAGGGAAGAUCAAAUGGCAGGAAUGUUUGUCCACAGGCUCCGAGUCAAUUCUAGAUACCACCUCAUUGUGCGAAAGCAGUUAGCAUACAAUGUCAUACCUUCUAGUUUCUCACUUUUUUUUAUUCCGUAGGCUACACACUUUAGCUCAAAGAUAAAAUUAUGGAGCAUUGUUUCAACUCGAUUGCGAGCAUCAGGACUUUGUACAUUUUCAAAUGAAGAGAUAGUGAUUUCUGUUGUCAUUUGCUUUUAGAAUUAUUCAAUAUUAUAUCGCUAAGGUUUGGCAAAUUGAAUGUUGUUGUGUCUGACAAAAGGCUGCUUUAAACUCGUCAAUUCUAGUUUUGGCUAUUAGGUUCAUUUUCAUGUUCGUAGGAUGCUAGUAUGUGCUUGAUGCUAGCAUGCUAUUAGGUGAUGUUUGAUAGGGAAUAUUUUUUUAAAUAUGAUAGAUGAUGUUCUGUGGUGAAGAAUUUUCUGCUUGCCGUUUUAGUGUUCAACUGAUUCUUUAUUACAUUGAAUAAUGCCAGGUCUAUGGUGCGGACAGAAAUUGUAAAUAUUUAUGCGUGCAGUACUUAGAAUGUUAAAGAAAAUCAAUUCAUGCUAAGUAACAUUAGCUCUGCUUCUAUGAGGCGGGUUGACAAAGUUCCACAUUGCAUUUAUCAUAUAUUGGCGUGCGUUGGUGUUGAUUAGCAUUAUAAUCUUAGGUAAACAUGUCGUGAUAUGAUUCAUCUAUUAUGUACUAUUUUCCGUUUUAGUUGUUCUUUGUGUGAAGAUUUAGUUAUGUCUCUUUCAGUCGACUCAAGGUUGUGCUUCGUUACAGAGAACAUUGUUCGUUGGUCCCUCUGUUUGCCCCCAUUGUUUGUGCUUGAAUUUGGUGUUUUAUUAGCGGAGAUUUCUUUUUUCUCCCCUUUCAUCUGUAUAAUGACUUCAAUUCCUUUUACAGCCUGUGAAGCCAGACCCAACUCAAGUUAAGCGCAGCAAGGUGGAGAUAUUUAAAGAACACAGUAACUUUCUUAGGUACCCCCUCAAGGAGGAGUUGGAAACAGAGGCUGCUAAUAUAAAUGAGGCCGCCACACAGCUGAUCAAGUUUCAUGGAAGCUAUCAGCAGACUAAUAGGGAUGAGCGUAGCAUAAAAUCAUAUCAAUUUAUGCUUCGCACAAAGAACCCCAGCGGGAAAGUCCCAAACAGGCUUUACUUGGUAAUGGAUGAUCUGGCAGAUGAGUUUGGAAUUGGCACCCUCCGCCUGACUACCAGACAAACGUUUCAGCUGCAUGGCAUUACGAAGUUCAAUCUGAAGACUGUGCUGGGCACAAUCAUCAGAAAUAUGGGCUCCACUCUUGGGGCGUGUGGCGAUCUGAACAGAAAUGUUCUUGCUCCUGCGGCACCGCUCAUGAGGAAAGAUUAUUUGUUUGCCCAAGAGACUGCGGACAAUAUCGCUAUGCUUCUCUCUCCCCAGUCAGGGUCUUACUAUGAUAUUUGGGUUGAUGGGGAGAAGAUCAUGUCAGCAGAGCCUCCGGAGGUGGUAAAAGCUCGUAAUGACAACUCAAAUGGGACAAACUUCCCCGAUUCGCCAGAGCCCAUAUAUGGCACUCAGUUCUUGCCAAGAAAAUUCAAGAUUGCUGUGACUGUUCCUACGGACAAUUCUGUGGACAUUCUGACCAAUGAUGUGGGUGUGGUCGUGGUUUCUGAUGCUGACGGGGAACCUCAAGGCUUCAACAUCUACGUAAGAUGGUCUUGAUAUGUUACAAGUCAAUAGAUGGUAAUGAAAAAUUGCUGCUUGAAUAAUAAAUCUGUGAAAUUUCAGGUUGGAGGGGGGAUGGGAAGAACCCACAGAAUGGAGGCUACUUUCCCUCGGCUUGGGGACCAACUUGGCUAUGUGCCAAAGGAGGAUAUCUUAUACGCCAUUAAAGCUAUUGUCGUCACACAGCGGGAACAUGGAAGAAGAGAUGACAGGAGAUACAGCAGAAUGAAGUAUCUGAUCAGUGACUGGGGGAUUGACAAGUUUAGAGGUACCGUUGAGAGGUACUAUGGAAAGAAGUUUGAGCCGUUCAGAGAGCUACCAGAAUGGGAAUUCAAGAGUUAUCUCGGAUGGCAUGAACAGGUUUGGCGUAUUAUGUAUGAUUUCAGUUUUAUUGAUUAAGAACUUUGUUACCCGUAUUAUUAUUAUUAUUAUUGUUGUUGUUAUUUGGGAGCUACUGUUGAUCUUCCUUUGAAUUUUACUUUUAUUGAAGGUCUGUGGCCAUACUAUUUUAGCUUUUUAUUUAUGUAAUAACCUUGAUACUUUUAUUAUUUACAGCCAGUAUUAUCCUUUCUUCUGUGGCAGGGUGAUGGUGCAAUGUUUUGCGGGCUUCAUGUUGAUAAUGGUCGUAUUGGGGGCAAAAUGAAGAAAACCCUGAGAGAGAUAAUUGAGAAAUAUAAUCUAAGUGUGAGGAUCACUCCCAACCAGAACCUGAUCCUCUGCGAUAUCCGCCCAACAUGGAGAAGACCGAUCACCACUGCUCUUGCUCAGGCUGGACUACUGGUAAAUAUUUACUAAUAUAUACUAAUAUUAGUAAAUAUUAGUUAUAGAUCAAUCACGAUAUGAAUCAGUCAGAUUAGUCUGUGAAAAUACCCCUGCCUUCGUUGUAUGUGCAGCAUCCCCGUUACGUGGAUCCUCUCAACAUUACUGCAAUGGCCUGCCCUGCUUUGCCACUUUGCCCGCUGGCGAUAGCAGAAGCCGAGCGGGGAAUACCAGACAUUCUCAAGCGAGUUAGAGCGGUCUUUGACAAGGUGAACUGCCAUUUUUGAAACAUAGGGCUGCUACGAUUUGAGGAGAUUCUUCUGGUGUUCUGAGGCACUGAGAGUUGGUGAUCUUAUUUUCAGGUGGGUCUCAAGUACAGUGAAUCCGUGGUUAUAAGGGUGACUGGAUGCCCCAAUGGCUGUGCCCGGCCUUACAUGGCCGAGCUUGGAUUGGUCGGUGAUGGGCCGAAUAGCUACCAGGUCAACCGCCUCGUUUCCUUCAUCAUUUCAGAGCUUCAAGUCUUGGGUUGCCUGGUAAAUUUAGUUACUUUGACUCUCUGUAGAUAUGGCUGGGGGGGACUCCGAACCAGAUGAGGCUGGCGGAGACCUUCAUGAACAAGGUCAAACUCCACGAUCUGGAGACAGUACUUGAGCCACUGUUCUACAACUGGAAGAUCAGACGCCUCCGCAGAGAGUCAUUCGGUGACUUCUCGAUGCGCAUCGUAAGUAUAUAUCCCACUACUUGAUCACAAGAACCCAAGGAUCUAAGAAAGAAGAACAGAUCUCUGAGCAGGAUUCUGUGUCCCACCAGGGCUUUGAGAAGCUGCGGGAGCUGGUGGAGAAGUGGGAAGGCCCUGCCGAAGCCCGGCCUCGGUUCGGUCUCAAGCUCUUCUCCGACAAGGAGACCUAUGAAGCCAUGAGCGAGAUCGCUCAGACGCAGAACAAGACCGCCCACCAGCUGGCAAUGGAGGUCAUCCGCAGUUACGUCGCCUCGAACAAAUUGGCACCGGAGAGCGAGUAG